AUGCACACACAACCUGUUUUCUCAGGCAAGUAUCCAUAUCGAGUUGACCUUCCUUCUUGUGAUGGAUCUUCCCGUUCCAGUGUGAAACGACAUGAUCUGCCUGCUGGGAAAAGCAAUCAUCUCAACCUUUACUACCAAAACGUUGGUGGUAUCAACUCCUGCGUUAGCGAUUAUCUGCUAGCCUCAUCAUGCUCCUGCUACGAUAUUAUCGCUUUAACAGAAACCUGGCUGAACGAUAGAACCCUGUCUAGUCAAGUCUUCAGCUCUGACUACACUGUGUUCCGUUGUGACAGAGGUCCCAACAACAGCACGAAAUCCACAGGUGGUGGAGUUCUGAUUGCUAUCCGAUCCACUCUUUCAGCCAUCCCCAUCUACGACGAAUCAUGGAACGAUCAAGAAUUCGUAUGGACCCGUAUCGAUCUUGGCACGAAAAAACUCUACGUUGGGGUUGUGUAUCUGCCUCCUGAUCGUACUAGAAAUGCAUCUUUUGCUGAUUCCUUUUCCAGCGGCCUUUCUAAAUUGUGUUCUCUCACGCUUCCUGAAGACGACAUCGUUAUCAUCGGGGACUUCAACCUACCAGGACUUAAGUGGAUUCCCUCGCAAGGCAAUUUUUUGUUUGCCGAUCCAACCAGAUCUUCGUUUACGGUGCCUUCCAACACGAUUCUCGACUCUCUAAGCACGGCAACUCUCCGCGAGAUCAACAGCAUAGAGAAUGAAAAUGGUCGCAAGCUCGAUCUCUGCUUCAUCAACGACGGACCCCAAUUGGCUACGAUUGAAGAGGCUCCUACGCCCUUGGUCAAAGUUGUUCCUCAUCACCCCGCUCUGCUGCUUUCACUUGAUAUUCCUGGAGCUGUUGUCCACAUCGAAAAACCUGGUCAAUUCUAUCUUGACUUUAAGAACGCUGAUUUCGUCGCUGUUUCACAAACGCUCGAUGCUAUCGACUGGGAAUCUGAACUGGAAUCUUCCGAUCCGAACGCUGCAGCUCUGAAAUUUUCCCAUAUAAUCAAUUACAUCAUCGAUCGUCACGUACCGAAACGCUCAGUUUCUAACCUACGAGCUCCUUGGGUAACGAAAGAACUGCGGCAAAUGAAAACGCUCAAGAAUAAAGCUCUCCGUUAUUACACUAGGCACAAAACUCUCCGCGCUAAAAAUGAGUAUUGCAAACUCAACUCAGCUUACAAAAAACUAUGCUCACGCUGCUACCAGAGCUACUUAAUUCGAAUACAGCGGGGUUUCAAAACAAAACCUAAAUCAUUUUGGCAGUACAUCAAGGACCAGCGGAAAGAAUCCGGCCUACCGCCCUCCAUGUUUCUGGAUGACAAUUUAGCGACUUCGGAACCUGAAAUCUGUGACCUCUUCGCUGACAAAUUCCGUAGUGUAUUUGACUCAAACUCAAUAUCCUCGGACCAAGUUACCAGCGCGGCUUGUAACGUCCCUCAUUUGAACACAUGGAUGAAUCAAAUUGUUGUAGAUGAUGAUAUUAUUUUGAAAGCGACCGCUAAGCUGAAACACAGCCUUUCCGCAGGACCAGAUGGCAUACCAGCUACCUUCUUGAAGCGAUAUAUAUCACAUAUGCUGAUACCUCUAAAAAUAAUCUUCCAAGUUUCACUCGAUCAGUCUACGUUCCCAUCCUUAUGGAAAGAGGCCUAUAUGUUUCCGGUGCACAAAAAAGGGGAUAGACGAAAUGUGAACAAUUAUCGUGGCAUUUCUGCCUUAUGUGCGAUAGCCAAAUUGUUCGAGCUGGUUGUUUUGGAACCCAUUUUUUCGUAUUGCAAGCCUUAUUUCUCAAAUGAACAACAUGGAUUUAUGCCCAAACGCUCUACGACUACAAACCUGUUGACAUUCACAUCUACUGUGCAAGAUAGUUUUGCCAUGGGAUCUCAAACCGACGUCAUCUACACUGAUCUGUCAGCUGCUUUCGACAAGGUGAACCAUUCCAUAGCCAUCGCCAAACUCGAUCGUAUUGGUAUCUGCGGGUCUCUACUGGAAUGGUUCCGCAGCUACAUGUUGAAUUUCAAGACUCACACUAACUACAUCGUUGACAAAGCCUCCAGAUGUCUGGGUCUUCUUUUCCGCAUGACGAAAGACUUCAAGGAUGUCUACUGCUUGAAGAGUCUUUAUUGCAGUUUGGUUCGAUCGACCCUUGAAUAUGCCUCGGCUGUUUGGUGCCCAUAUUAUUGUCGUUACAGGGAAAAACUGUAA